AGAUAUGAAGAGGAUUUUUGUGAAUUAGAAAAAGUUGGUAAAGGUGGAUAUGGAUCAGUUUAUAGAGUAAAAAAUAAAUUAGAUGGUGAAUAUUAUGCACUUAAAAAGAUUCCUUUUAAAAACACUACCAAAAUAUUUUUAGAAAAAGUAUUAAGAGAAGUUAAGACAUUAGCAUCACUAAACCACAGAAAUAUUGUUAGAUACCAUUCAGCAUGGUUAGAAACCGAGGAAAUUGUUUCAACAUCAAUCACAACACUUUAUAUUGUAAUGCAGCUUUAUUCUCAAACUCUUUCUCAAUGGCUAGAGAAUAGACCACCAGACCAAGUUAAUGAAGAAGAAAAUUUAAAUAUUUUUAAACAAAUUUGUAUUGGUCUUAGAUAUAUUCACUCCAAAGGAAUUAUCCAUAGAGAUUUAAAACCUGGUAAUGUUUUUCUUGUAAGAAUCGAGGACCAACAUCUCUCACGUUCACUCGAACACUGUAAACACACAAGUGCCGUUGGAACAUUAACAUAUAGUAGUCCUGAACAAAAGAAAGGUUUAUAUAAUGAAAAAACUGACAUCUAUAGUUUAGGUAUUAUUUUGUUUGAACUAUAUUUCCCACUAACCACCAGAAUGGAAAAAGCCCGUGUAUUAAGUGACCUUAGAAACGGAAUUUUCCCAAAAUCUUUUGCUCAGAAAUAUCCCCAAGUAGCCGAUUUAAUUCUUCAAAUGAUGAAGUCUAAUCCUGAUGAAAGACCCUCCGCAAGUGAUAUAUUAAAAUCU